GUGUGAGGGGGGGUGCUAGGAUCUGGGAGGACAGCAGAGAAGAAGAAGAAGAGGAGGCAGCAGCAUCUUUAAAAAAAACGAAGAAGAAGAAGAAGAGGAAGAAGAAGCGUCCUCGUCUCGCUGACAGCCGCUCAGGACAUUUCCAGAACACUUCCUUCAGACCCACCAGCCCGCCCGUCGCCAUGAACUACCUACGCCGGCGCCUGUCCGACAGCAGCUUUGUGGCCAACCUGCCCAACGGCUACAUGAUGGACCUGCAGAGGCCCACGCCGCCGGGGUCGUCCACCUCCUCCCCGGCCUCGCCGGCCACGGAGCGGCGCCAGCCCCCCGCCCUGCCCACCCAGACUCAGGCCCCGGCGCCCAGCUCCGCCGCGGGGACGGCCGGCUUCCUCAGUUCCUUCUCCAGCGUGGUCAAGAGCGCCCAGCUGGCGCAGAACGUCGCCGCCGCCGCGCACGCUAAGUCGGCGGCGGCGGCGGUGUCUGCCGAGGGAGCUCCGCCAGGGAGCAGUCAGCCCGCCAAGCCUGCAGUCCGCAAGCCUCAGAUCCUGUUGGUCAUCGAUGAUCAGCACACAGACUGGGCCAAGUAUUUCCGAGGCAAGAAGCUGAACGGGGAGUACGAGAUCCGAGUGGAGCAGGCAGAGUUCUCGGAGAUCAACCUGGCCUCCUACGUGACCUCGGGCUGCAUGGUGGACUUGCAGGGCAGCAAGGCUGGCACCAAAGUGCUCAGGUCCGUCAAACCCGACUUUGUCCUGAUCCGCCAGCAUGCCUACUCCAUGAUCCCAGGAGAGGACUUCAGGAACCUGGUCAUCGGCUUGCAUUUUGGCGGCGUGCCGGGUGUCAACUCUCUCUUCUCCAUCUACAACUUCUGCAGCAAGCCUUGGGUGUUUUCUCAGAUGAUCAAGCUCUACCACGCCCUGGGCGCUGAGAAGUUCCCCCUGAACGAGCAGACCUUCUAUGCCAGCCACAUGCAGAUGGUCACCAGCCCUUCCUAUCCGGUGGUGGUGAAGAUGGGUCAUGCGCACUCUGGCAUGGGCAAGAUCAAAGUUGAAAAUCAGCAGGACUUCCAGGACAUCACCAGCGUGGUGGCGCUGGCCGGCACCUACGCCACGGCCGAGCCCUACGUCCAGUCCAAGUACGACAUCCGCAUCCAGAAGAUCGGCAGCAACUACAAGGCCUACAUGCGGACUUCAAUUUCUGGGAACUGGAAGGCCAACACGGGGUCGGCCAUGUUGGAGCAGAUCGCCAUGACUGACAGAUACCGAGUGUGGGUGGACUCCUGUGCCGAGAUGUUUGGUGGUCUGGACGUGUGUGCAGUGAAGGCCGUGCACGGGAAAGAUGGCAAGGACUACAUCAUCGAGGUGAUGGACAGCUCCAUGCCUCUGAUUGGUGAGCAUGUGGAGGAAGACAAGCAGCUGAUCACAGACUUAGUCCUCCAUAAGAUGGCCCAAGUGCUGCUGGGAGUUUCCUCACCGCCGCCAUCUUCAGUCAAGACCACACAGCCCAGACGAGGGGGAAACCGCUCAGGCUCCGCCUCCCCGUCGCAGUCGGCCCAAGGGUCUCCACAGCGAGCCCGCUCGGCCAACACGUCCCCCAGCCAGGCCUUCCAGCCCGGACCCCUGCCUGACGCCUGCGGGCCUGGAGCUCAGAAACAAUCCCCGCAACUCAACAAGUCGCAGUCGCUGACCAACACCUUCACGGAGACCCUGCGAGGCAGCGUGACCGACGACGAGGCCAAAGCGGAGACCAUCCGCAGCCUCCGCCAGUCCUUCGCCAGCCUCUUCUCCGACUGAGACUCCGCCUCCUUUCUGCUUCCGGUCCCUCCCCCGAGGAGUCUCCCAGAUUCAUCUUCCGCUUUCCUUCUGUCUUUCUUGCUUCUCUUCAGCCCCCAUUUAGCUUUCACCUUCUUUUUUCAACCAACUGUUCUGCGCCUGCACGGGUGUUAACAAUCACUUACUGUACGAUGUCUGCUCUUACUGGGAUGAAGUUCAAAGUGCGGCCUAACUUAAAGGGGAACUGCACAUUGUGGGGAAUUUUGUUUACCAUAUAAAAUCCUUGCGGAAAACAACUUAUUUUUAAUGCAUUCUAAUCAUAAAUAAACACUAGCAAAAGCCAGCUAACAAAACCUUUAUCACCCUUUUAUAAGUACAUAUGUAGUAUCAAGUAACAUUCAUAAUAACAUGUGAUAUGUACGUAUUUUGCUCAUUUAUGCUUAAAAUGAGCAAAAUACGUUCCCUUUCCCUUCAACAACCACAAGACUACUAAUCAUGACAGACUUAAUGAGAGACAACAAAGACUACUUUGGGACAAAUGAUGAUCCAGAAACGUCUAUUUUUGAGCCUGAAUAUAAGGAGGAUGAUCUACAAAUUUUAGAAGCUGUGUGCAGCUUCAGUCAUCAUGUAGCAGUAUUGCUAAGUGCUAAACAAGAUAUACAAACAUAAUACAAAAAAUAACUUACUGUACGAUGUCUGCUCUCACUGGGAUGAAGUUCAAAGUGCGGCCUAACUUAAAGGGGAACUACACAUUGUGGGGAAUUUUGUUUACAAUUUAAAAUCCUUAUGGAACACAAAUUAGCAAAAGCCAGCUAACAAAACCUCCAUCACCCUAUUAUAAGUAUAUAUGUAGUAUCUAGUAACAUUCAUAAUAACAUGUGAUAUGUACGUAUUUUGCUCAUUUUAAGCAUUCGACGUGUUUGCUUUUCCCUCAAACAACAACAACACCAGUACUAAUCAUUUCUGACUUGAUGAGAGACAACAAAGACUACUUUGGGACAAAUAAUGAUGCGGAAACUUCUAUUUUUGAGCCUGAAUAUAAGGAGGAGGAUGAUGAUGCUAAACAGAUGCAGCUUUAGUUAAACGCUAAGCAUCAUGUAGCAGCAUUGCUAAGUGCUAAACAAGAUAUACAAACAUAAUACAAAAAAUAACUUACUGUACGAUGUCUGCUCUCACUGGGAUGAAGUUCAAAGUGCGGCCUAACUUAAAGGAAAACUGCACGUCUUGGGGAAUUUUGUUUACCAUUUAAAAUCCGUAUGGAACACAAAUUAGCAAAUUAGCAAAAGCCAGUUAACAAAACCUCCAUCACCCUAUUAUAAGUAUAUAUGUAGUAUCUAGUAACAUUCAUAAUAACAUGUGAUAUGUACGUAUUUUGCUCAUUUUAAGCAUUCGACGUGUUUGCUUUUCCCUUAAACAACAACAACACCAGUACUAAUCAUGGCAGACUUGAUGAGAGACAACAAAGACUACUUUGGGACGAAUAAUGAUGCGGAAACUUCUAUUUUUGAGCCUGAAUAUAAGGAGGAGGAUGAUGAUGCUAAACAGAUGCAGCUUUAGUCAAACACUAAGCAUCAUGUAGCAGCAUUGCUAAGUGCUAAACAAGAUAUACAAACAUAAUUAAAAAACUUACUGUACGAUGUCUGCUCUCACUGGGAUAAAGUUCAAAGUGCGGCCUAACUUAAAGGGGAACUGCACAUUGUGGGGAAUUUUGUUUACCAUAUAAAAUCCUUGCGGAAAACAACUUAUUUUUAAUGCAUUCUAAUCAUAAAUAAACACUAGCAAAAGCCAGCUAACAAAACCUUUAUCACCCUUUUAUAAGUACAUAUGUAGUAUCAAGUAACAUUCAUAAUAACAUGUGAUAUGUACGUAUUUUGCUCAUUUAUGCUUAAAAUGAGCAAAAUACGUUCACUUUCCCUUCAACAACCACAAGACUACUAAUCGUGACAGACUUAAUGAGAGACAACAAAGACUACUUUGGGACAAAUGAUGAUCCAGAAACGUCUAUUUUUGAGCCUGAAUAUAAGGAGGAUGAUCUACAAAUUUUAGAAGCUGUGUGCAGCUUCAGUCAUCAUGUAGCAGUAUUGCUAAGUGCUAAACAAGAUAUACAAACAUAAUACAAAAAAUAACUUACUGUACGAUGUCUGCUCUCACUGGGAUGAAGUUCAAAGUGCGGCCUAACUUAAAGGGGAACUACACAUUGUGGGGAAUUUUGUUUACAAUUUAAAAUCCUUAUGGAACACAAAUUAGCAAAAGCCAGCUAACAAAACCUCCAUCACCCUAUUAUAAGUAUAUAUGUAGUAUCUAGUAACAUUCAUAAUAACAUGUGAUAUGUACGUAUUUUGCUCAUUUUAAGCAUUCGACGUGUUUGCUUUUCCCUCAAACAACAACAACACCAGUACUAAUCAUUUCUGACUUGAUGAGAGACAACAAAGACUACUUUGGGACAAAUAAUGAUGCGGAAACUUCUAUUUUUGAGCCUGAAUAUAAGGAGGAGGAUGAUGAUGCUAAACAGAUGCAGCUUUAGUUAAACGCUAAGCAUCAUGUAGCAGCAUUGCUAAGUGCUAAACAAGAUAUACAAACAUAAUACAAAAAAUAACUUACUGUACGAUGUCUGCUCUCACUGGGAUGAAGUUCAAAGUGCGGCCUAACUUAAAGGAAAACUGCACGUCUUGGGGAAUUUUGUUUACCAUUUAAAAUCCGUAUGGAACACAAAUUAGCAAAUUAGCAAAAGCCAGUUAACAAAACCUCCAUCACCCUAUUAUAAGUAUAUAUGUAGUAUCUAGUAACAUUCAUAAUAACAUGUGAUAUGUACGUAUUUUGCUCAUUUUAAGCAUUCGACGUGUUUGCUUUUCCCUUAAACAACAACAACACCAGUACUAAUCAUGGCAGACUUGAUGAGAGACAACAAAGACUACUUUGGGACGAAUAAUGAUGCGGAAACUUCUAUUUUUGAGCCUGAAUAUAAGGAGGAGGAUGAUGAUGCUAAACAGAUGCAGCUUUAGUCAAACACUAAGCAUCAUGUAGCAGCAUUGCUAAGUGCUAAACAAGAUAUACAAACAUAAUUAAAAAACUUACUGUACGAUGUCUGCUCUCACUGGGAUAAAGUUCAAAGUGCGGCCUAACUUAAAGGGGAACUGCACAUUGUGGGGAAUUUUGUUUACCAUAUAAAAUCCUUGCGGAAAACAACUUAUUUUUAAUGCAUUCUAAUCAUAAAUAAACACUAGCAAAAGCCAGCUAACAAAACCUUUAUCACCCUUUUAUAAGUACAUAUGUAGUAUCAAGUAACAUUCAUAAUAACAUGUGAUAUGUACGUAUUUUGCUCAUUUAUGCUUAAAAUGAGCAAAAUACGUUCACUUUCCCUUCAACAACCACAAGACUACUAAUCGUGACAGACUUAAUGAGAGACAACAAAGACUACUUUGGGACAAAUGAUGAUCCAGAAACGUCUAUUUUUGAGCCUGAAUAUAAGGAGGAUGAUCUACACAUUUUAGAAGCGGUGUGCAGCUUCAGUCAUCAUGUAGCAGUAUUGCUAAGUGCUAAACAAGAUAUACAAACAUAAUACAAAAAAUAACUUACUGUACGAUGUCUGCUCUCACUGGGAUGAAGUUCAAAGUGCGGCCUAACUUAAAGGAAAACUGCACGUCUUGAGGAAUUUUGUUUACCAUUUAAAAUCCGUAUGGAACACAAAUUAGCAAAUUAGCAAAAGCCAGUUAACAAAACCUCCAUCACCCUAUUAUAAGUAUAUAUGUAGUAUCUAGUAACAUUCAUAAUAACAUGUGAUAUGUACGUAUUUUGCUCAUUUUAAGCAUUCGAUGUGUUUGCUUUUCCCUUAAACAACAACAACACCAGUACUAAUCAUGGCAGACUUGAUGAGAGACAACAAAGACUACUUUGGGACAAAUAAUGAUGCGGAAACUUCUAUUUUUGAGCCUGAAUAUAAGGAGGAGGAUGAUAAUGCUAAACAGAUGCAGCUUUAGUCAAACACUAAGCAUCAUGUAACAGUAUUGCUAAGUGCUAAACAAGAUAUACAAACAUAAUUUAAAAAUCACUUACUGUACGAUGUCUGCUUUCACUGGGAUGAAGUUCAAAGUGCGGCCUAACUUAAAGGGGAACUGCACAUUGUGGGGAAUUUUGUUUACCAUUUAAAAUCCUUACGGAAGACAACUUAUUUUUCAUGCAUUCUAAUCAUAAAUAAACACUAGCAAAAGUCAGCUAACAAAACCUCUAUCACUCUUUUAUAAGUACAUAUGUAGUAUCAAGUAACAUUCAUAAUAACAUGUGAUAUGUACGUAUUUUGCUCAUUUAUGCUUAAAAUGAGCAAAAUACAUUCACUUUCCCUUCAACAACCACAAGACUACUAAUCGUGACAGACUUAAUGAGAGACAACAAAGACUACUUUGGGACAAAUGAUGAUCCAGAAACGUCUAUUUUUGAGCCUGAAUAUAAGGAGGAUGAUCUACAAAUUUUAGAAGCUGUGUGCAGCUUCAGUCAUCAUGUAGCAGUAUUGCUAAGUGCUAAACAAGAUAUACAAACAUAAUACAAAAAAUAACUUACUGUACGAUGUCUGCUCUCACUGGGAUGAAGUUCAAAGUGCGGCCUAACUUAAAGGAAAACUGCACGUCUUGGGGAAUUUUGUUUACCAUUUAAAAUCCGUAUGGAACACAAAUUAGCAAAUUAGCAAAAGCCAGUUAACAAAACCUCCAUCACCCUAUUAUAAGUAUAUAUGUAGUAUCUAGUAACAUUCAUAAUAACAUGUGAUAUGUACGUAUUUUGCUCAUUUUAAGCAUUCGACGUGUUUGCUUUUCCCUUAAACAACAACAACACCAGUACUAAUCAUGGCAGACUUGAUGAGAGACAACAAAGACUACUUUGGGACGAAUAAUGAUGCGGAAACCUCUAUUUUUGAGCCUGAAUAUAAGGAGGAGGAUGAUGAUGCUAAACAGAUGCAGCUUUAGUCAAACACUAAGCAUCAUGUAGCAGCAUUGCUAAGUGCUAAACA